AAAGCAUAAGUUUUUGUUUGAAAAAUAGUAGAAAAAGUAGCUGAAGUAGGCGAUCACACUGUUCAGAUUCUGUAGUUCCCUCCUUCCUUUCCGUUCCCACGGUUUUCUUCGAGCCACUCUCAUCUCUAUCUGUAAGUCGGGAUGGUGGCUCAAAAUGGCUGAAUUUUGGCUAUCGGCCAUGGUCUGCAAUCCGCAAUCGCCAAUCGCAGGUGGUUAUGGCAUCUUCAGCAGCCUUGAGGAUAACCAAUCUUCGAAGACACUUGGAUUCAGCUGACACAGUCAACAAGCCUACCGGAGUCAAUCCUGCUGGUGCAUCAAUCAACGUGAAGGUAGCUUCAGAGGUUUCUGAAGCGUUAUCACUAGGGCGUGCAGUUGUUGCUCUGGAAUCUACCAUUAUUUCACAUGGGAUGCCGUAUCCUCAAAAUUUGCGAACGGCAAAAGAGGUUGAAAGUAUUGUGAGAGAGAAUGGUGCAGUUCCUGCAACUAUUGCAAUUUUGGACGGCGUGCCUUGCAUAGGUCUAAGUGCGGAAGAACUUGAAAGGUUAGCUACUUUGGGAACCAAAGCUCAGAAAACAGCUCGAAGGGAUAUAGCAUAUGUUGUGGCUAGAGGUGGAAAUGGUGCUACUACUGUUUCUGCUACAAUGUUUUUGGCUUCUAAGGUUGGUAUCAAUGUCUUUGUGACUGGUGGGAUUGGAGGAGUGCACAGGCACGGGGAAUCGACUAUGGAUAUAUCUUCAGAUAUAACUGCGCUUGGAAGAACACCAAUAGCCGUUAUAUGUGCUGGUGUGAAGUCAAUAUUGGAUAUUCCCAGGACCCUUGAAUAUCUGGAAACGCAAGGAGUUUUUGUUGCUGCUUACAAGACCAACGAGUUUCCUGCCUUUUUCACAGCAUCAAGUGGCUGCAAGGUACCCUGUCGGGUUGAUACCCCCGAAGACUGUGCUUCCUUAAUAGAAGCAAACAUCAAACUCAAGCUUGAAAGUGGAAUUUUGAUAGGAGUCCCUAUUCCUCAAGAACACUCGGCUACUGGACACGUAAUUGAAUCUGCCAUCAAUCAAGCCCUUAACGAAGCAAGGGAAAAGAAUAUAUCAGGAAAUGCUCAGACUCCUUUCUUGCUUGCUAGAGUAAAUGAACUUACCGGAGGUGCCUCACUUGCUUCAAACAUUGCUCUUGUGAAGAACAAUGCCUGUAUUGGGGCUAAAGUUGCUGUAGCCCUUGCUCAGCUAAGAGAAAACAGUAAAAGGAAACAAGAGAUGGAGUAGCAGAAUGGAAAAUAUGUUAAUUCGACACGCUUAUAUUUUAGGUGGAUUUCAUAUUUACAAAAAACAAGAGAUAGAGUAGCAUGGCUGACAUGAAGGAUUUUACGGGCAUAAAAUUAUUCGACACAAAAUAUUCAUCACUAUCACAUUCUCUUACACGAUUUUGGCUUUGGAGAGAAAGAUGGAGGAAAGAAAGAGGGGAAAUAAGGGUUUUUUCAAUUGUUUGGUAGGAGAAAAUGAAAUGAAAGAAAAUUAAAAAAUUCUCCCCUUUAAUUUAAGGAUCAAACUUAGGUACAAUAUCAUAGGUACUGUGUCUUCUGUGCUUUGUUAAUUACACAUGCAAAUAUCAUUGUUUCCCUUAAAAAUAGAAGUAACUGCUUAAUUAACAUGUAAUGAACUAGUAUUGAAACAAUGUUUCAUAUUACACAAAAGGUUGUAAUAAAAAAAAUAUCCAACAAAUGUUCAUCAUCCCUAA